AUGCUUGUGCUGAGGAACUUGGCUACGAAAUUAUCGAGAUCAACGCGGCUCAGAAUCGAUGUGGAAAGAGUGUCGUUGAGCUUUGUGGACGAUAAGUGCAAGAAGAAGCACAAGAAGAAACGCAGACGACAGUCUGAGGGGCGUAAAAGCUUGGAGAAGCCCACAGCAGCGUCGUUAUCGCUUGUGCUGUUUGAGGAUGUGGACCUGGUUUUCGACGAUGACAAGGGAUUUCUCAAUGCUGUGUGCUCGAUUGCCAAACAUUCCAAGUGUCCCAUUGUUGUAACUUGUGCGCAACUGCCCGAUGCCUUCCCCUUAAAACCUGGACGACUGUGUCGUGAGCUCCACAAGCCUUCAAUGGACGAGUUCACCACUUGGAUGCGUCUCGUGGCUUUCAUUGAAGGGCUGCAGUUGGACCCGUCUCUCAUUAAUGCUCUGGGUGAAUUCUUUGAGCGGGAUGUGAGACGCUCACUGCAUUUUCUAGAGGUGAAUCUGGCAGUGUCGGAUGCAAGAACGAAGACUCAGUGGCGGUGGCAGCACAGCGCUGAUAACAUCGAAGAAGAUACGACCCCGCACGUUCAUUUCCCUGCUUGGACUGUGUGGUCCACUGGAGACACAUCAUUCGAUGCGCUAACGAGCAACUUGCUGGCAGAACUUGCAGCUGGUGACGCGGAGGCCAAGAAACCAGAGGAUAAAACCCGCGAAGAAAAGUUGAAGGAUAUUGACGCAGUGUCCGAGUUAGCUCAGAUCAUGGACUCUGCUUCAAAUUCCUUCUUCCUCUGUGAGCGCCAACGUCUUGCUGCUUUGGAGUUGAGACGCUCCAGUCUUUACAUGUUAAGCGCGAGUUCUCUUGGCGCGUCAUUGAAGCGAGACCAAGGAUCUUCCGCUUCUGAAUGCGUUCAACGGACAUUGGACAGUGCCCUGGAGGCCACACGUCGACGUUCUCAUCAAGCAGAUUUGGCGCAGCUGAAGUUGAAGUUCGAGCUGCCACUGGCCUACAAAGGCUGUGGAAACUCGGAUCCGCGGUUUACACUCGACUACAUGCCAAUGGUGGGGCGUCUGCUGUCUGGCACUGGCUUGCAAGAAGGUCGUCGACGGACAUCCAGGCGCAAUCACUAUUUAGGCGACGUGUUGGGGGACAUGAGCGUCAUCGACGAGCUGCCAGCCUUUAACACCUACUUACAGCUAGACGAGGACCAGAUCAUCGCUGCGUCUCCGGCGUCCACGCAGUGAUAGACGAAAGUACAGUACCCUGUAACUUUGUAAUCAUCAAGAACUCUUCCAUUCC